GAAACAGCCGACAUGGUGCUGGAGAAGAAAGCUUCGGCUCGGGUGGAGGCCGGUCAGCGCAGAGUCCUGGAUGAAGCCACCAGACAGAGGAGACUGAGCAGACAGCUGGAGGCUCUGGAGAAAGACAACUUCCAGGACGACCCUCUGUCCUCCCUCCCUCCCCCGGGUCCUGCUGCCCGCCUCCCUGCCUUCAGUGAGACAGAGGAACCAGAGAAGAAGAAGAGGAAGACGAGGGGCGAUCACUUCAAACAGCGUUUCAGGAAGAACUUCACCACCCUGCUGGAGGAGGAGAACCUGUCGGAGAAGCCCGAGCCUAACUACCUGUCGGCGGCGGCCCCUCCCUCCUCGCUGCCCCCCCGUCACUUCUGCUGCGUCUGCGGUUUCCCCUCUCACUACACCUGCACCACCUGCGGGGGGCGCUACUGCUGCAGCAGGUGUCUGAGCACGCACCGAGAGACCAGGUGUUUGAAGUGGACGCUGUAACUCCCGCCCCGUCACCACGGCGAUGGAGGAGACGGGUCAUGUGAGAUGAUGGAGCUGCGGCUCGGAGAAUCACGUUUUACCCGACAACAGCAGCUGCUCUCUGUCAGCCAAUCAGGACGAGAGCUGCAGCCGUCAGUGGCCUGACAGAAGGUUUGUUGAUGAAUCGUUCCCGUCACAUUUCAGGUGAAAGACUGAAGCGUUCUCUGGUUCCACAUCCUCACAUUUGAGGAUCUACAGUUUUUCUGUGUCACGUGACAGAAAAGUGAAUUUUUGGACUGAUGGUCGAACAAAACAAAACGCUGGAGACGUCACUGAUCAACAAUCAAUAAACAGAUGAAGCAACGAUGACAUCAUCAGUAGUUGAAGCUGGAAUCGGGACAAAGACGGCGAGAGUUGUUUGAACCAAUCAGCUGUCUGCUGGGAGCAGGAUCAAUACUAUUGAUUAAUGGGAUCCUCUGACUUCUCCUCCAGCGCCACCUGCAGGUCACAUGGGUCCAUGGCUCCUGGUCGUGUCAUGUGACCCCUCAGCAGUUACACGUCACCAUGAGCCGCUUUAGGACGAGUGUCAGAUUCCUGCAGCUGCUGCUGCUUCUGUAAAUAAUGAAUAUGGUGCUUUAAUUCUGUCAUUAAAAACACUUUGAUAUUUAAAUCUCAUCCUGUCGUCUGGUUGUUCUCAUGCUGACGUCACGUCUCUCUUUGUUUUUUUUUUUAAAUAUCAUUGACAAAUAGAAUUUAAUAUUUAUCAUUGUAAGUCCUAGAAAUGUGAUAUUGUCUAGAUAGAUGCAAUAAUAUAGUAAGUCAUAGAAAAUAUCAUGCUGUAGUUAGAAGAUCCUCACCAAAGCACCCUGAAUGACAGGUAGACCGAUGACAGUCAUGUUGCUAGGCAACCACCCAAAUCCAAUGUACGACUUUGUAACUAACAUAACAAAAUGUCUGCUUUCUAAUUUGUGAUGUAAUUUCCCAGAUAGCAAAAUAUAUCCGGCCCAUACUUGGGCCACAUGCUUGUUUCUUCUGGCCCGAGUCCGGCCCAUAUCUGUCCUCAUCGUAUCAGGAUGAGCCACUGUACUCAGCUCCAAUCAGUAAUCUGAACGGUAACCGGCGUGUGGCCCCGCCCACCAGAACGAUCCUAAACACAGGAUUGGACGCUGCUGUCCAGCUGAUUGACAGGUUCGGACAGAUGUUUUAAAAGCAGCAUGAAGCAGGUGAGAGGCUUCAACAAUGAUCAUGAAUGUUUAACGUCUAAUCAUAUGAAAUGUGACUGUAAUGAUUUAAUGUGAUGCGAUGAUUUAUUGUAGAAGUGU